AUGGCCUCGACUUUGAAGGCUUCGGCUGCUCAUGAUGAGCUGCCGGGUGACAACCGCCUGGCAGCAGCCCAGCAACUCACCGCUGAGGAGUUCGCGGCAGCGGAAAAAUCGCUGAAACGCAAAUUAGACCUUCGUCUUGUGUGCUGUGUGUGGGUCAUCUUCAUCAUGAAUUACUUGGACCGAAACAAUAUAUCCGCUGCCAAGGUCGCUGGAAUCUCAAAAUCAUUGCAUAUGUCAAGCACUCAGUAUGCCACGUCCGUGGCGAUAUUGUUUGCCGGCUAUGUCUUGAUGCAACUUCCGUCCAAUAUUUUCUUGGCACAGCUGCGCCCUUCUGUAUAUCUACCAACUGUGAUGGCUAUCUGGGGUAUGCUAUCGGCUCUUGUCGGGGUCGUGCAUAACUACUCGGGACUUUAUGCACUGCGAUUUUUGUUAGGCUUCGUAGAAGCGGCUUUUUACCCCGGCGCAUUGUUCUUGAUUUCGUCAUCGUACAAACGUGAAGAGAUGGGCGUGCGCAGCGCGUUCCUAUUUUCGGGUUCCCAGCUAGGCAGCGCAUUCUCUGGGCUCAUCGCCGCCGGUAUUCAAAGCGGUUUGAAUGGCGCUCGCGGUUUAGAGUCAUGGCGAUGGAUCUUCAUCAUUGAAGGCUCUGUCACAGUCUUCGUCGCGAUUUGCGCCUUUUUCAUUUUGCCCGAUUACCCUAGCAAUACUCGCUGGCUUAGCCCCACUGAACGGGCAGUUGCAGAAUGCCGUCUUCUCGAAGACUCGGGCCAAGUGGACGAAGAUGGUGGCGGUUGGAGCUACGGCUUCAAGAAAGCCUUUGCCGAUUGGCGACUCUAUGUUUUCGCCCUGAUAUUCCUGUGCAUCCAAGUGUCCAGCGCUACUUCGAACUUCUUCCCUUCGGUUAUUCAAACGCUUGGAUAUGGCCGGGUCAACACCCUACUUCUCACUGUUCCUCCUUAUAUGGUGGCCUUGUUUGUCUCUAUCGCUAACAAUUGGUCUGCUGAUUGGCUACGAAACUCUUCAUUCCAUGUUUGUUGGCCCUUAAUGGCGGCGAUGAUUGGAUUUGUCAUUGGCGCUGCCUCAACGAACACAGGAGCUCGGUACUUUGCUAUGAUCCUCAUGGUCGCUGGUGGCCAUGGGUCAAAUGCGGUUCUUCUAGCUUGGACUCAGAAAACAAUGCUGCGACCUCGCGUCAAACGCGCAUCAUCGGUUGCGUUUGUCAAUGCCGUUGGAAAUCUUGCCCAAAUCUUCUCCUCCUACCUAUAUCCAGACGAAGGUGCCCCUCGAUAUGUCCUAGCCAUGUCAGCAAACUCUGCAUUCUGUUUGGUAGCAAUUGCGCUGGUUCUGUUCAUGCGCAUGAUUCUCCUCCGAGCUAAUAAGCGACUGGAUGCUGGAGAGACCACAGUGGGACAAGAAAUGAAGGGCGAGAGUCAGGCCAGUGUCCCAGGGGUUGAAGAUGAAGAGCAAAUUGCUCGCAGGGAAGAAUUCAGAUUCAUUGCGUAA